AUGUGGGCCAAGAAUAUCACUGGAAACUUUGCUAGUGUGAUCCAUGGGUUGAAUCCGAGCCACAUGACCGACCGAGUCAUUCAACGGAGCAAACGGAUGAUUCUGGAUACGCUUGGAGUCGGGCUGGUGGGCACCAGAACCGAUGUCUUCCAGAAGCUAAUCCAGUAUAGUAAGAUCUACCGCUCGGAUCCAUCCAGUUCGGUCUGGGGGUGCCCGGCCCUCAAGCUCCCUCCGCUCUACGCAGCCCUGGUGAACGGCGUGGCGAUCCACUCCAUGGACUUUGAUGACACGUGGCACCCAACCACCCACCCUUCAGGGGCCGUGCUGUCAGCCCUCCUGGCUGUUGCCGAGGCUGCUUCUGAAAAACGAAGGAUUUCUGGCUGUGACUUGCUUCUGGCUUUCAACGUUGGGAUCGAGGUGCAAGGCAGACUGAUGAGCUUUUCCAAGGAGGCCAGCAAUCUUCCUAAAAGGUUCCACCCCCCCUCCAUCCUUGGCACCAUGGGAAGUGCCGCGGCCACAGCGAAGCUCCUGGGCCUCGACCAGUUCAAGUGCAAGGAAGCCCUGGCCGUGGCUGCCUCGUAUGCUGGUGCCCCGCUGGCCAAUGCAGCCACUCAGACCAAGCCGCUUCACAUGGGCAAUGCCAGCCGGCAUGGUGUGGAAGCAGCCGUCUUGGCCUCCCUGGGCCUGGAGGCCAGCAAGCUGAUUCUGGACCUCGAGUCGGGCUUUGGGGCCUUUUAUGCAGACUACCUGCCCCAGACCCUGCCGAGCCUGGAGUCCUACUCUUGGCUGUUGGACCAACAAGACGUGGCCUUCAAGAGCUUCCCGGCACAUCUGGGGACACACUGGAUGGCCGAAGCUGCCCUGGCGGUCAGGAAGCACCUCGCUGGGAGCGGGGAGUCUCUGCCCAGCAGUCGCAUCCAGGCCAUCGUGCUCAACGUUCCCAACAUUAGAUAUGUUGAUCGGCCAUUUCCUUCUUCGGAGCAUGAAGCCAGGCAUUCCUUCCAGCUCGCUGCCUGCUUGGUGCUGUUGGACGGCUCCAUCUCGGCCGGGUCCUUCAUGCCGCAGAGCCUGUCCCGGCCGGAGUUGAACAAGCUGCUCCGAAAGACCCGCCUGGAGCAUUCUCCGGACAACCUCCCCAGCUUCGAGAGCCUCUACUGUGAGGCCAAGGUCAUCCUGCAAGAUGGAGACAGCUGGGCGGAGCGCUGCGAUACCUUCUACGGGCACUGGAGGAAGCCGCUGAGCCGCGGGGAUCUGGUGAAGAAGUUCCACUCCAACGCCAUUGCGGCCAUCCCCCCAGAAUUGGCCGAAAGCCUCGUGGCAGCCAUUGAUGAGCUGGAAGCCCUGGAGGACUGCAGGGUUUUGUGUUCACUCCUUCAGGGGGCCGAGCUGACCAAGGGUCGGCAGACACACAGGGGGGACGCCUCGUGAAGGCUGCCUGGUCCCAGGCGUCUCCUCCCAGCCUUGCCUUUCCAGCUUGCUUGUA